AUGUUUAGCAGUAAAACGCAACUAAAAAAGAGGACACCAGAAAAUGGAACGGAUCGCGAAAGUUACUUAUCACUUUUAGUGGAUGAAUACAUUAAUUCUUCAUCGUUUGAUGCCAAACAACAAGUUUUAGCAAAUCUUGCUAACUUUGCUUACGACCCAAUAAACUACGGCUUUAUAAGAAAUGUCGGUGUCUUGGAUAUAUUUAUCCAUGUGCUGAAGAAUGAAAACAACGGUAAACUGCUCCAUUUUGCCACAGCAGGAAUCUGCAACUUGUGUAUAGAUCCGGAGAAUGUUGAUUAUUUAGUGAAUAAUGGAGCGAUUGAACGUAUUUCCAUUCUACUCAACUCUAAUCAUGAAGAAACAUUAGCUGAUGUUAUCACAAUAUUUAUUUAUUUAUACGACAGUCAUGCAAAAGAUAAAAUACAUGACAUAAAAACAGUUAAUACUAUUGAAGCACUUAUUAAAUCAGAAAAUCAAAUUAUAUCUAAUUUAGCAUCUAUAUUUUUAGAAAAUAUAAAAAAAGUUUCUAAACCAUAA